AUGGUCGGUGUAAACAUAAUUGAAAGUGUAUUCGGUGUAACAAAAAAUAAAAAUGAAAUUAAAAAAUACACUCUUUCCACGUCCGAUGGAUUUGAAGUUUCUUUAAUAAGCUAUGGGGCUGCAAUUCAAUCUAUUCGACAACCGGAUAAGGAUAAUCAAAUAACAGAGAUCACUCUUGGUUAUGAUACUUUACAAGAAUACGUUGAUGGUCAAUCGUUUUUUGGUGCAACUGUUGGUCGAGUAGCAAGUCGAAUAAAGAAUGGACGUUUUGAAUUAGAUGGAAAAGUGUAUGAACUAGAUAAAAGUGACAGUACAAAGAAGCAUUACCUUCAUGGCACUUUCCACAAACGUGUUUGGGAUAGUACAACAGAAAAUGGAGACACGGUUGUCUUCAAAUACCAAAGUCCAGAUGGUGAAAGUGGAUUUCCUGGUCAAGUUGAUUGUGUUGUGAAGUAUACGUUGACAAAUGAUCAUCGAUUAACAUUGGACUUUCAUGCAACAACAACAAAGCCAACACCAAUAAAUAUCACCAAUCAUGUUUACUUUAACCUGGCUGGAGAUGGUAGUGGAACAAUACUUGAUCAUCUAUUCGAAGUAUCUGCGGAGAAAUACACUCCAUUAGAUGACGAACUGAUUCCAACAGGGGAAAUCGCAUCGGUCGAAAACACGCCGUUUGAUUUCAGAAAAAGAACUCCAAUUGGCGAACGUAUCAAUGAGUCAUUCGAUGGUUACGAUAUGAUGUUUGUCAUCGAGGGCGAAGGAAAACGUUCAUUUAGCAAACUGGUUCAUCAACCAAGUGGACGUGCAAUAUCCAUUGAGUCGACUCAAAAAGGUCUUCAACUCUAUACAGGAAACUUUCUUAAUGGUAACCAUGGUCGCAACGGACAUGUCUACAAAAAAUAUGGUGCUCUCUGUUUGGAAACGCAAAAUUAUACUGACUGCCUUAACUAUCAACCAAUGUUUCCAAGUAGUAUUCUCCAUCCUGGUGAGAAAUACCACGAACAAACAACAUUCCAUUUUUAUGUUGAACAAUAG